AUGGAAUGCAAAGUAAAAAGCCCCACACCGCCAGUGGCAAAAUGGUUAAAAGACGGCGUACCACUACAAAUGGGAGGUCUCUACCAUGCCAUUUUCGUCGAUCUUGGUGAUCAGACAUAUUUGUGUCAGCUGGAAAUCAGAGGUCCGUCCGCUUCUGAUGCCGGCCAGUAUCGCUGCAAUCUUCGAAACGACCAAGGUGAGACAAACGCCAAUCUCGCCUUGAACUUCGAGGAGCCCGAUCCAAAUGAGCGGCAGGAAAAGAAGGGACGCCGAUCCCCGUCAGAGAAGAGAAAAGACACAGCAUCGCCUCGCCCCCCGUCCCGGGGCAAUGGCUCUCGACCUGGAAGUCCCAAAAAAGCCCUCAAGUCCCGAGAGGGUACCCCCAAGAGAAGUCUGAAAAGCAGAGAAGGAUCACCUGCCAAGAAGUCGAUGAGGUCCCGAACAUCGACUCCAGUACAAGAAUCCGGAAAUUCUCUCGCACCUGAAGAUGCAGCCACAAAUGGAGACGCGCGCAGGUCCAGUAAGAACAUGGACAAAAUGGAAGUUGAUUCAGCCACUUCUAAACGUAAACCAGAGGGUCUCCCUGUCCCGCCCUCAUCUGAAGAGAAAAAGAUGCGCACAUCGUCUCCAGCCCCACCUUCGUCUGAAGAACAAAAAAGAGCUGCUUCACCGGCACCUCCCGCGUCCGACGAAAAAACGGAGCAAUCGAUCUCUCAGAAACCACCAGUUUCCGAUGAGAAGAAAACACGCGCAAAAUCACCGCUGCCUCCUCCUUCAGAAGAGAAGAAGGCGCGUUCAAAGUCUCCAGUACCGCCAUCUGAUGACAAGAAAAAUGGCAAGUCUCCAGCACCACCUGAACCAUCUUCAAAGAGUGCUCCUGCUCAAAGCAAAAGAGAUAAGUUCACACGACCGCCAAUCGUCAUGGAGGCAAUACGAUCUCAGACUGGCAAACAAGGUGAUACAAUUCAUCUGGAAGUGGAAUGGCAAUGCCAUACCUCGACUGUGAUCGAAUGGUUCAAAGAUGGCAAGAAGUUGACGAUGACGGACGACUAUCAUGCGACAUUCGAUGGCGUUAAAGCUCAUCUAACAGUGAGGAAUUUAACGGAAGACAAGACAGGUCUCUACAAAUGCCAUGCCAUUUGCGAAUACGGAGAAGGACAAAGCAGCGCGAUGGUGAAAAUGGAAGAGCCUGAAGAGGACUUAACAAAAAGACGUUCCAUCGACUUGGAGCAAAAGAAGAAGGAAGCAGAAAAGAAGCAGUCGUCAUUGGGUGUUAAAGAAUCUGACGAAGAAAGUAGCAUUUCCACUUCGCUAGCACCAAAAAGCAAGAGGGCCAAAAGCAAAAGCCCAGCACCAAAGGAACCAGCAUCCAAAUCAGAGUCGGUGGCAUCGGAAUCACUACCGAAGCAAAAGGUGGAAUUCGUGGAUCCUGAUGAGGAGUCUCAGGCGGACGAUAUCCCUUCAUCGGGGCUGACAAUCCCUGAGGAGCGACGACGCGAGUUGCUGGGUGAGACUAGCGAAGACGAGAUUACCGAAUCAAUCUCCGAACUACCUUCGAUUUCUGGACCACGAGUAGGGUUCAAAGGAGUUCCCGAGCGUAAUUCGAAGGACCAUCAGAAUCCGAGCGCAUCCAAAGUCCCACCCAACGUGCAGCAGAUGAGCUCCGAACAAGCGUUGUCCAGCGGUAAGCAUGUGUCUCCAUUCGCACGUCGUCCGCUUACAGAAGACAUGAGCAUGGACAGCGCGAUAUCGGACUCUCUCGAUAGGAGCGACUCGAUGUCAAGUAUCCCGUCAAUAGAUGCCGAUUCCGAAAUUGCGAAGCCGAAGCCGAAAAAGCGCAGAAGCAGUGUGGACAUGCGUCGGGAGUCGGUCCAGGAGAUCAUGAGCAGGGUAGUUACUCCUCUUGUUCCAUCCGGACAGAAGGGCAAACCGCCGAAAAUCAUGGAAGUCCCGGAAAAUGUCACCGUUGUCGAAAACGAAACAGCAGUGCUACAAUGCAGAGUGGAAGGCGAUCCAGUACCAACGAUUCGUUGGUUCAAGGGAAAUCGAGAAAUCUUGAACGGUGGACGAUUCCGACACAUGACUGACGGAGAGACGAACACCGUAUCGCUUGCACUGCUCAAGUGUCGAUCCCAGGAUGAUGGACCUUACACGCUCACCGUUGAGAACGCACACGGAUCGGAUUCGAUCGACGUCAAAUUACUGGUCACAUCAGACAACGGUCUUGAUUUCCGAGCCAUGCUUAAACACAGUGCCAAGAAACGGGCUUCGAAAGGUGGCAAGGAUUUGGACUCAGCCGAUAAGAAGUCCGAAGACGAAAAGCCACCAAUGACAGAAGCGGAAAGGAGGCAGUCACUAUUCCCAGGAAAAAAGGUCGAGAAGUGGGAGCAGCCACUUCAGGACUAUACGGUGCAGCAGCAGGUGGACAAAUUCGCAGAAUGGAAGUGUGUAUAUUCACGACCAAAUGCGAAAAUUCGAUGGUACAAAGACAGGAAGGAAAUUUUCUCUGGAGGUCUCAAAUACAAGAUCGUCAUCGAGAAAGCGGUCUGCACAUUGAUUAUCAACAAUCCUGAGGUUGAUGACUCCGGAAAAUACACUUGUGAAGCGAACGGGCUACCGACCAGCGCCAUACUCACAGUUCUUGAACCUCCAAUGAAGUACUCGUUCCUCAAUCCUUUGCCGAAUACGCAAGAGAUCUACCGAACGAAACAGGCGGUACUUACCUGUAAGGUGAACUCACCACGAGCUCCUCUCGUCUGGUAUCGAGGAGAUAAGCCUAUCGACGUAAAUGACAAGCGAUAUACGAUAGAAAAAGAUGCCGUCGGUCGAUGCACGCUUACUAUCAAAGAAGUGGAGCAAGAUGACCAAGCAGAAUGGACAGCUCACAUCUCGAACGAAGUCUUUAGCAAAGUGCAAGUAUAUGUAGAAGAACCUCGACACACCUUCGUCGUGCCCAUGAAGUCGCAGAAGGUGAACGAGAACGAACCUGCAACACUCGAAACAGAUGUAAACGACAGAGACGCAGACGUGGAGUGGUGGCAUGAUGGGGUGAAGAUCAAAAUCGACGGCCAGAAGUACAAAGAAGAGCGUAUCAGUAGAAAACGACGACUCAUCAUCCAAGCAGCGAAGAUCGAAGAUCACGGAGAAUAUAAAUGCACCACGAAAGACGACAAAACAAUGGCACAGCUAAUCGUUGAACCACUCAACAAGUUCAUAGUGCAGCUGAAGGAUUUGGAAGUGGUCGAGAAGGAAGAUGUGAUUAUGACAUGUCAAACGAAGGACACAAAGACACCAGGAUUGUGGAACCGCAACGGAGCAAAGAUCACGAGUAUGCCUGGUGGUAAAUUCGAAACGUCAUCCCGAAACGGUACACACACUUUGAAGAUCAGUAAGAUCGAGAUGAAUGAGGGCGAGAACUACGAGAUCGACGUUGGUGGUCUCAUCGGCAAGUGUUUCGUCACUGUGCUCGAGGCCGAAAAGCGCCCUGUCAUCAAUUGGAAACCGAAGAAAAUCGAGGCAAAAGCCGGGGAGCCGUGUUCCAUUCCUUUCCAAGUGAAGGGAACAAAACGUGGUGAUCCAAAGGCAACAAUCCUUCGAAAUGGAAAGCCGAUAGAUGACGAAAUGAGGAAACUGGUCGAAGUUGUAUUUAACGGUGAUGUGGCUGAGAUCAUUUUCAAGGAUCCAAAGGUAGCAGAUACCGGCAAAUGGGCCCUGGAGCUGAGUAACUCCGCUGGAGCCGCCGUCGCUCCAUUCGAAUUGUUCGUCAAAGACAAACCAAAACCACCCAAGGGUCCCCUGGAGGUGAAAAACGUCACAGCAGAAGGUCUGGAUUUAAAAUGGGGUGCUCCGGAAGGAGACGAACGUCAACCGGUGAAAGCCUACAUCGUCGAGGUGCAGGAGGGACGAAGUGGGCAAUGGAAGAAGGUGGCGGAGACUAAAGCAACAGAACUAAAGGUCAAAGAUUUGAAAGAGAAUGGCGAAUACAAAUUCCGUGUCAAAGCCGUGAACGAGGUAGGAGAAUCAGAACCUCUCACUGGAGAUACGGUGGUCGCCAAGAACCCUUACAAAGUACCUGGCAAACCGCGAAACAUGGAUGUAGCCGAUAUGGAUAAGGACUACCUUACUCUACAGUGGGAGCCACCUGAGGACGACGGCAAAUCGCCCAUCAUCGAGUAUAUCGUCGAAAGACGAGAGAAAUCCGAGAAAAACUGGAAUGUUGUCGGCACUACCCCUGCCGACGGCAAGGGAGUGCACUACCUUACCGACAAUAAGGUCGUUGAAGGCAAGGAGUACUACUACCGUGUGAAAGCUGUCAACAAAGCUGGUCCUGGCGACCCAUGCGAUCACGGAAAAAGCUUCAAAAUCAAAGCAAAACCAGUUGAGCCGAGCUUCCCCGGUGGAGGCAUUAAAGACUUGCGUCUAAAAGUCGGCGAAACAAUCAAAUACGAUGUGGCCAUCACUGGUGAACCGCUUCCCGACGUGGCAUGGACCGUUGAUGGCAAACCACUGAAAGCCAUUGGACGUGUGAAGAUGAGCACCGAAAGAGGCAAGACGAAAUUGAAGAUCGAAAACGCUGAACGAUCCGACUCCGGACAGUUCACCAUCAUGCUGAAGAACCAAUGCGGCACUGCUGAAAGCACCGCAAAGGUGACGGUAGUGGGACGACCAACCCCGCCUAAAGGACCGCUCGACAUCUCGGACGUCUGCGGUGAUGGAUGCACUCUUGCCUGGAAUCCACCUGAGGAUGACGGCGGUGAUCCUCUCACUGGCUAUGUUAUCGAAGCACAGGACAUGGACAACAAGGGCAAGUACAUCGAGGUUGGUCGUACCGAUGGCAAAACCACACAACUGAAAGUCAAAGGUCUUCGAAAUAAGGGCAACUACAAAUUCCGGGUGAAAGCGGUGAACAACGAAGGUGAAUCCGAACCGUUGACAGCCGACCAGUAUACUUUGAUCAAGGACCCAUGGGAUGAACCAGGAAAACCUGGACGACCAGAGGUCACUGACUACGAUGCGGAUCGAAUUGACUUGGCCUGGACUCCGCCAACAAAAGACGGCGGAGCACCCAUCGAGGGCUACAUUGUUGAGGUUCGCGAUCCAGACACGAAAGAGUGGAAGGAGAUCGCCAAAGUUCCAGACACGAAUGCAUCAAUCAAAGGACUAAAGGAAGGAAAGGAAUACCAGUUCCGAGUAAAGGCUUUCAACAAGGCCGGUCUUGGACACCCCUCUGACGCAUCCGAAAAGCAGCUGGCUAAGCCGAAAUUCAUUCCGGCUUGGUUGAAACACGAUUGCUUGAAGAGCAUCACCGUAAAGGCCGGUCAUUCCGUUCGCUGGGAAGUGAAAAUCGGUGGAGAGCCUGUACCGGAGGUGGUAUGGUCGAAAGAAGACAAGCCGAUUGAGCCAUCACUUAAUCUUAGCAUUGACACAAAGAAAAACGAUCACACCAUUUUGUGCAUUCCAUCAGCAGUCCGUGCCGACAGAGGAGAGUACAGACUGUCCGUGAAAAAUGCAUACGGUCACGAUACAGAAGUAGCUAACUUAACUGUGUUGGAUCGACCGUCGAAACCGAAUGAUGACGAUGGAGGUGAUCCCAUUGAGUAUUAUGAAGUUGAGAAACUGGACACGGACACCGGACGUUGGGUGCCUUGCGCAAAGGUGAAAGACACAAAAGCCCACAUUGAUGGUCUGAAGAAAGGACAGAGCUAUCAGUUCCGAGUGAAGGCAGUGAAUAAAGAGGGCGCAUCGGACCCACUGACUACUGACCAAGCGACCAAAGCGAAAAAUCCUUACGAUGAGCCAGGAAAACCACACACCCCAGAAGUAACAGACUGGGAUGCCGACAGGGUUUCUUUGGAAUGGCAACCACCUGAUUCGGAUGGAGGAGCUCCUAUUACUCAGUACAUCAUUGAGAAGAAAGGAAAACAUGGACGUGAAUGGCAGGAAUGCGGAAAGGUUUCUGGAGACGAAACUACGGCUACGAUUUUGGGUCUCAAGGAAGGGGAAGAGUACCAGUUCCGAGUGACAGCUGUGAACAAAGCUGGUCCUGGAGAAGCCUCAGAUCCAAGCCGAAAAGUCGUGGCCAAGCCGAGAAAUCUGAAACCAUGGAUUGAUCGCGAAAAAAUGAAGACGAUGACAGUGAAAGUGGGACAAGAUGUCAUAUUCGAUGUGCCUGUACGAGGAGAACCUCCUCCAGAGAAGACGUGGAUGUUCGCAGAUAAACCAAUAGACGAUUCCAAGGUUAAGAUUGAUAAUGAAGACUAUAAAACCAAAUUGGUGCUACGAGGUGCAACUCGCGCUAACGCCGGGAAAUUUACGCUCACAGCAAAGAAUGCAAGUGGUAUGGACACUCACAGUGUCGAUGUCAUUGUGCUUGGAAAACCGAGCCCUCCAGAAGGACCUCUGGAAGUCAGCAAUGUGUUUGAGGAUAAAUGUGACCUGGAGUGGAAGCCACCAGUGGAUGACGGCGGACUUCCAAUUGACCACUACGACAUCGAAAGACUAGAUGAAGCUACUGGCCGAUGGGUACCUUGUGGUCGUGCCGAGGGCACCAAAACAACCGUCACUAACCUACAACCGGGACAUCAGUAUAAGUUCCGCGUCCGUGCUGUGAACGGUGAGGGAGAGUCUGAUCCACUGGCGACUGACCAAUCUAUCCUUGCCAAGAAUCCUUACGAAGUUCCUGGUAAAAUGGAAAAGCCCCAGGUCACCGACUGGGAUAAGGAUCACGCUGAUUUGGAAUGGAAACCACCUGCCGACGACGGUGGUGCUCCGAUCGAGGAGUACGUUAUUGAGCAAAAGGAUAAACAUGGAAGAUGGGAACCAGUGAUGACAGUUCCCGCAGGACAAACUACGGCUACCGUUGGAAAUUUGAAAGAGGGCGAAGAGUAUCAGUUCCGAGUCAUUCCUAAAAAUAAGGCUGGCCUUGGUGAACCUUCCGAUCCAACCGACAAAAUCAUCGCCAAAACGCGAUUCUUGGCUCCUCACAUUCACCGAGAGGAUUUGGAGGAUACUACUGUCCGAGUCGGUCAACAGAUCAAAUUUAAUAUCCACAUCGAUGGUGAACCGGCUCCAGCCGUCCGAUGGACAUUCAAUGACAAGAGCAUUGGAGAGAGCAAGGCUCAAAUCGAGAAUGAAGACUAUCUCUCCAGAUUCAACAUUGCUAAGGCAGUACGUAAGCAAAGCGGCAAAUACACCAUCACAGCCACUAAUGAUAGUGGAACUGAUUCGGUGACAAUCACAAUCAAAGUAAAGAGCAAGCCGUCAAAGCCAAAGGGACCGUUGGACGUGAAAGACGUGUUCGAAGAUCGCGCCACCCUCAGUUGGAAGCCGCCUGAGGAUGACGGCGGUGAACCAAUCGAGCAUUACGAGAUCGAAAAGAUGAGCACCAAGGACGGCAUUUGGGUGCCAUGUGGACGAACAGCUGACACUUCGUUUGUCGUUGAUUCCCUCAACAAAGGAGACCAUUACAAAUUCCGCGUCAAAGCCGUUAACAGCGAAGGAGCGUCCGAUCCACUCGAAAGCGACACGGAUAUACUCGCAAAAAAUCCAUUCGAUCGCCCAGACAGGCCCGGAAAGCCUGAACCAACGGACUGGGACAGUGACCACGUUGAUUUGAAAUGGGAUCCACCACUCAAUGAUGGUGGUGCACCGAUUGAAGAGUACCAAAUUGAAAAACGAACUAAAUAUGGAAGAUGGGAGCCAGCGAUCACUGUGCCCGGCGGACAGACCACAGCUACAGUGCCUGACCUGACCGCAAAUGAAGAGUAUGAGUUCCGUGUCAUCGCUGUGAACAAAGGAGGUCCAUCUGACCCCAGUGAUGCCAGCAAGCCAGUCAUCGCCAAACCUCGCAAUCUGGCUCCGAAAAUCGACCGUGAUGCGCUGAAAGAGCUGAAAGUGAAAGCAGGGCAAGCUAUCGGAUGGGAUGUGCCCGUAGAGGGUGAGCCUGUCCCAACUGUAACUUGGAGUUGGCCAGACCAUCGCGAGAUCCGAAACGGAGGCCGAGUGAAACUGGACAAUCCCGAUUACCGCACGAAGCUGCACAUUCGGCAGAUGGAGAGAGGUGACAGUGGAGUAUACACCAUCCGAGCUGUGAAUCCUAACGGAGAAGACGAAGCUGUUGUCACAGUCACUGUCAUAGACAAACCAUCACCUCCAAAUGGACCCCUGGAUGUGCACGACGUUUAUGCUGACCACUGCACACUCGACUGGAAACCACCAGAUGAUGACGGAGGAAUACCUAUCGAAAAUUACGUAAUCGAGAAGCUCGACACAGCCACUGGUCGAUGGGUUCCGGCUGCGAAAGUGCCCGGAAAUCAAACAACAGCUGUUGUUGAUGGACUUAUUCCUGGACACGAAUAUAAGUUCCGUGUGGCGGCAGUGAAUGCCGAAGGAGAGUCUGAUCCUUUGGAGACAUUUGGGUCGACUCUUGCCAAAGAUCCGUUCGACAAACCUGGAAAGACCACUCCUCCAGAAGUCACAGACUGGGAUAAGGACCACGCGGAUCUGAAGUGGAAUCCGCCUAUAAACGAUGGUGGCGCUCCAAUCGAAGGCUAUAUCAUUGAAAUGAAAGAGAAGCACUCUCCGUUCUGGACCGAAGCACUGCAGGUUCCUGGGGACAAGACUACUGCGACUGUACCAAACCUCAAAGAGGGCAAUGAAUACGAGUUCAGAAUCCGCGCCAAGAACAAGGCUGGCACUGGAGAUCCAUCGGAUCCUUCUCAAACGAUCAUUGCAAAGUCUAGAAACGUUCCCCCGAAAAUCGACCGCAGUGCUUUGACAGAGAUCAAGGUACGAGCCGGAAACGAAAUUCACCUGAACGUUCCCGUCUCCGGUGAACCACCACCAGAGGUCACCUGGUCAUUUGCGGAUAAACCGCUGGAAUCAGAUGAUCAUAUCAAAAUCGACAAUGAAGACUACAAGACGAAAUUCCUCGUGAAAAGAGCUUUACGCUCUGACACGGGAACCUACGUGAUCACUGCAACAAACGUGAAUGGCACGGACACAGCUGAGCUCAAAGUGACCGUGUUGGAUCACCCUGGAGAACCACGAGGGCCACUCGAUAUUAGCAAUGUCACUAAAGAGGGUUGUGACUUGGCCUGGAAAGAACCAGAUGAUGACGGAGGAGCAGAAAUCGAUCACUACGUUAUUGAAAAACAAGACGCCAAUACAGGCAGAUGGACUGCUUGUGGUGAGAGCAAGGACACUAAAUUCCAUGUUGAUGAUCUUGUCCAAGGCCAUGAGUAUAAGUUCCGAGUGAAGGCAGUGAAUCGCUACGGCGACUCAGACCCAUUGGAAGCAGCCAAAUCCAUAAUCGCAAAGGAUCCUUUCGAUUGCGCCGAUGCGCCAGGAAUUCCAGAGAUCGUCGACUGGGACAAGGACCACGCAGAUCUGCAAUGGACACCUCCACUCGACGACGGAGGUGCUCCUGUAGAAGAGUAUCUCAUAGAAAUGAAGGCCGGCAACGGUGAAUGGUUGCCUGCCAAGAAAGUCCCAGCUGAUCAACUCACCACCACCGUCGACAAUUUGAAGCCAGGUCAGACAUAUCAGUUCCGAGUGAAAGCCUUGAACAAAGCGGGAGAAUCUCGACCGUCUGAUCCCAGCAAGGCAAUGAUUGCUAAGCCAAGAAAUCUGCCGCCAAAGAUCGAUCGUGACAUGUUCAACGAUCUUCGCAUCAAAGCUGGUCAGUCGAUCAGCUUUGACGUGAAUGUGGAAGGAGAGCCAGCGCCAAAGAUUGAGUGGUUCCUGAACGGAACACCGAUUCAAUCACUUGGUAAAACGAAGAUUGAUAACUCCAACGAUAACAAUACCAAGUUGGACACCAAGGAUGCAGCGAGGGCCGACAGUGGCAAAUACAAAAUCGUGGCUACAAAUGAAAAUGGACGCGAUGAAGCUGAGGUCAACGUAAAUGUUCUUGAUAUCCCCGGAACUCCUGAAGGACCACUGACUGUCAAGGACAUCACAAAGGAUUCGUGUACGUUGAAAUGGCACCCACCAGAGGACGACGGUGGCUCUCCAAUCACCAACUAUAUUGUUGAGAAACAAGAAGACGACGGUCGAUGGGUACCGUGCGGAGAAACGGCUGAUACAAACCUGAAAGUUGGAAAAUUGAACGAGGGCCACGAAUACAAAUUCCGCGUGAAAGCACCCCUCUCCAGACCGACCAUGCCAUUGUGGCCAAGAAUCCAUUCGAUGAGCCUGGAUGCCCCCACAGACGUUACUCCUGUUGACUGGGAUAAGGAUCAUGUGGAUCUUGAAUGGAAGGCUCCUGAGAACACUGGAGGAGCUCCUAUCGAGCAAUAUAUCGUUGAAAAGAAGGACAAAUACGGUGACUGGGUACCAUGCGCGACUGUGGAUGGCAAAACCACGAAAGCAACAGCUAGCAACCUGGUUGCUGGCGAAAGCUAUCAAUUCCGCGUGAAAGCCGUGAACAAAGCCGGACCAGGCAAACCUUCUGAACCGACGGAUAAUAUCAUCGCGAAGCCGAGGAAAAUGGCACCGAAGAUCAACCUGGCAGGCCUGCUCGAUCUACGCAUCAAAGCCGGCACCCCGUUGAAACUGGAAGUGAUGUUUGAAGGAGAGCCAGCACCAGCAGCGAUCUGGCGCGCCAAUGACACUGUACUCAAUGACCUUCCACGGGCCGAAGUUACAACCACGCCCACUUCAUCCGAACUGCAGAUUUUCUCCAGUGUCAGAGGUGAUACAGGGGUGUACACAGUUUCUGUAGAGAACGAACAUGGCAAAGAUAAAGCGCAGUGCAACGUCACGGUGUUAGACGUGCCCAGUCCUCCAGAAGGACCUCUGAAGGUGAACGAAAUCCACAAAGAAGGAUGUACGCUGCACUGGAAGCCACCACUUGAUAAUGGAGGCUCGGAGAUUCUUCAUUAUCGCGUUGAAAAAAUGGAUACCUCACGUGGAUCAUGGCAAGAGGUCGGCGAAUUCCCUGAUUGCACGGCCAAAGUGGGAAAACUGAUACAUAUGAAAGAGUACCAGUUCCGAGUGGUGGAUUGGGACAAAGAUCGUAUUGACAUUCAAUGGAAGCCUCCAGCGAACAACGGAGGAAGCCCAGUGAAAUCCUAUAUCGUUGAGAAAAAGGAGAAAGGCAGUGCGAUUUGGAACGAGGCGGGCAAGACAUCCGGCACAAAGUUCUCAGCCAACAACCUCAAACCUGGUGUUGAAUAUGAGUUCCGUGUCAUUGCUGUCAAUGAAGCCGGUCCCUCGGAUCCUUCAGAUCCAACUGACCCGCAGAUCACCAAGCCCAGAUACUUGAAACCGAAAAUCCUCACGCAGACUCGAAAGAUCAAGAUCAAAGCUGGUCACACCCACACGAUGGAGGUGGAGUUCGAUGGAGCACCAGAUCCGACACCGACUUGGACGUUCAAAGAAGGACAAGCGCUGCCGUCAGAACUGUUGAUCGAGUCAAAACCUGGUGUCGCCUCCAUCUUCUUCCCAGGUGCUAAACGAUCUGACAGCGGACCGUUCACAUUGAAGGUGAAGAACGAAGUAGGCGAAGACGAAGGAGUGUUUGAGGUUAUUGUGCAAGACCGCCCAGCGACUCCUGUAGGACCCCUCGAAGUGUCCAAUGUGACCAAAGACAGUUGUGUUAUUAGCUGGAACCCACCAGAGGACGACGGUGGAGCUGAGAUCACCAAUUAUGUGGUGGAGAAGCGCGACACGAAGACCAACACUUGGGUUCCUGUGUCGGCGUUUGUUACUGGAACAAGAUGCACGGUGCCCAAACUGGUUGAGGGCCAUGAAUACGAAUUGAGAGUGAUGGCUGAAAAUGCCUUUGGACGCUCAGAUCCCCUGAACACUACCGAACCAGUACUCGCUAAGGAUCCAUUCGGAGCGCCCGGAAAACCUGGCAAGCCUGAAAUCGUCGACACUGACAAUGACCAUAUCGACAUCAAAUGGGAUCCACCUCGUGACAACGGUGGUUCUCCCAUCGAUCAUUACGACGUCGAAAGGAAGGAUGUGAAGACCGGGCGAUGGGUCAAGCAUUCUCGGACGCUCGCGUGCAAAAAAGACCAUACCUACGAGUACCGAGUAGUGGCAGUGAACAAGAGCGGACCGGGCGAGCCGUCAGAUCCAUCGGCUGCCGCAACAGCAAAACCAAUGUUCGAGGCGCCAGGAUUUGAUAUGGAUAUCGAUGGAAAAGAGUUCCGUGUUAAAGCCGGUGAUCCACUGGAUAUUAUCAUUCCUAUGCACGGAUCACCCAAGCCUGAAGUGAAAUGGAUCAAGGAUGGCAAGGAGAUCCCAGGAGUCGAAACCACUGAAAGUCAGACGCACCUCCUUAUCCCCUCGUCGAGACGAAGUGACGGUGGUGCAGUGAAAAUCAAAGCGAGUAACAAUCUUGGAGAUGCCGAAGCUAAUAUCAAAAUCACAGUCAUUGACAAACCUGGUGCUCCUGAGAGCCUUGCGUACGAUACCGUGACGAGACACACCUGCACCCUUAAAUGGACGCCUCCGAAAGAUGACGGAAAUUCCGAUAUCACAGGUUACAAGAUUGAGUAUCAAGAGGUGGGAUCACAGUUGUGGGAAAAGAUUCCUGGCACUAUUCCAAACACCUCUUACACAGUUCGUGGACUGGAACACGGUCAGCAGUAUCGAUUCCGUGUUCGUGCCGAAAAUAUGGUCGGCUUAUCAGACUAUGUUACUGGUGCCCCUGUCGUUAUAAAAGACCCAUUCAAUCCACCAGGAGCACCGUCCACUCCGGAUGUAACUGGCUAUGACUCGAACCUCGUGUCAUUAGCCUGGAAUCCACCAAAGGACGAUGGUGGUUCCCCAAUCCUCGGUUACGUUGUUGAACGAUUCGAGAAGAAAGGUGGUGGCGACUGGGCUCCCAUUAAGAUGCCUUUGAUCAAGGGAACAGAAGUGACAAUUCCGAACCUUCAUGAGGGUGAAACCUAUCAGUUCCGAAUCAGAGCAGUGAAUGCUGCUGGUGAAGGAGAAGCCAGUAAUGGAUCCGAUCCAGUCACCUGCCAAGCAUUUGUUGUUCCUCCCGGAGCACCGGAUCAACCAAGAAUCGGAAGCAUCACAAGGAAUUCUGCUGAAGUACUUUGGAGUCGGCCUACAAAAGACGGAGGUGCUCCGAUUGAUGGUUAUUACGUUGAAAAGAAGAAGAUUGGAGAUCCGGAAUGGAGCAGGGUGAACGCAAAGCCGAUAAAGGGAACCUCAUUAGUCGUGGACGGCCUCGGCGAAAAAGAAGAAUAUGAAUUCCGAGUAGUUGCCGUGAACUCAGCCGGUGAAGGCGAGCCUUCAAAACCGUCCGAUCUUGUCGUAAUCCAGGAGCAGCCAGGGCGACCAAUAUUCGAUCUGUCGAACCUUAAGGACAUAACUGUUCGUGCUGGAGAGACCAUUCAAAUAAAGAUCCCUUACUCCGGCGGAAAUCCAAAACCGAUCGUCGACUUGUUUAAUGGAGCGACACCGCUCUUCGAGAAUGACCGCACUGUAAUCGAUGUGAACCCUGAUUCGAUAGUGAUCACGACGACUGACUCGAAGAGAAGCGACGCAGGCCCGUACAAAAUUGUCCUCUCAAACCGAUUGGGCAAGGACAUUGCCAAGCUGAACGUGAACGUGCUCGAUGUUCCCGGCAAGCCCACUGGACCUAUUCGUGCCACUGACAUCCAAGGAGAUGCGAUGACCCUGCAUUGGUCGCCUCCUAAGGACAAUGGAGGUGACGACGUUACCAACUACGUCGUUGAGAAGAGAACUCCAGGCGGAGAAUGGGUCCCCUGUGGACAUCCCGUUGGAACAUCACUUCGAGUCAGAAAUCUCGACAGGAACCAGCCGUACGAAUUCCGCGUUUCAGCAGAAAACCAAUACGGAGUGGGACAACCGCUUGAAACGGACGACGUCAUUGUCGCCAAGGAUCCCUUCAACCCACCCGGAGCUCCUGGACAGCCGGAAGCUGUUGAAACAUCCGAGGAGGCGAUUGUUCUUCAGUGGACGCGUCCGCUGAGUGACGGUGGAGCGCCAAUUCAGGGUUAUGUGAUCGAAAAACGAGAAGUAGGAACCAAGGAAUGGACCAAAGCCGCCUACGGAACAGUACCGGAAACCAAACACAGGGUCACUGGACUCACCCCUAAGAAGGAGUAUGAGUUCCGAGUGUGUGCCACUAAUGCGGCUGGAAAUGGUGACUGGAGCGAAGCCAGCUUCCCAAUUGCCGCCGAGAGUGCGCCCAAAAAGCCAAUCAUCGACCUCGCAAUGCUCACAAGAGACGUUAUCGCUUAUGCUGGAGAAACGGCUAAGAUUCUCGUACCGUACAGUGCAUCCCCCAUGCCACGAAUCUCUUGGACUAAGGGCGAUAUAAAAUUGGAUGAGCGCGAUAAGAGAAACAAGGUGGACAGCAACGACUUCCUUACCGCUAUGACUAUUGACAAAUGCGAGCUCAGCGACAGCGGACUGUAUACUAUCACUCUGGAGAAUUCGAUGGGCAAGGACAGUGCAACGGUUAAGUUACGAGUAGUGGAUCGUCCUUCAGCUCCUGAGGGACCACUUGACAUCACUGACAUUGCUCCAGACUGCUGCACUUUGUCAUGGAAACCGCCAAAGAGCGACGGUGGAUCGCCGAUUACUAACUACAUCGUUGAAAAGCUUUGCUUGAAGGGUGCUGAUCCAAAAUGGGAGAGAGUUUCUUCAUUUGUAAGGAACACGACAUUUAUUGUUCCGCGCCUGCAAGCUGGGGAGCAGUACAAAUUCCGCGUCCGUGCUGAGAAUCAGUUUGGCAUCUCGGAACCACUUGAGAACCCCGACGCCAUCAUCGCCAAAUAUCAGUUCAAUGUACCUUCUCAACCGGAAGCCCCAACUGUUCGUGACAUGGAUUCCACUUGGGCGGAGAUCGAAUGGGAUACACCAGCUAAUGGUGGCUCAAAGAUUCUUGGCUACCAAGUACAGUAUCGUGAGGCGUCGUCUGCCAAAUGGAUCAACGCCAGUUCAGACCUUAUAACACAAAAUUCAAUGAGGAUAAACAACCUCCGCGAAAAUGGAGAAUAUGAAUUCAGAGUUUCGGCAAAGAACGCUGCUGGAUUCUCUAAACCUUCGCCACCUUCGGAGAGAACAAAACUACGAGCGAAAUUCGGACCUCCCGGACCACCAAGUCAGGCGAAUGCUACCUCGAUUGGGCGUAACCACGUAACACUAACUUGGGUAGCACCACUCGAUGAUGGAGGAUCUCCGAUCACAGGAUACAUCGUGGAACAACGCGAACAUGGUAGCACAUUGUGGACUAAAGUUAGCGAUUACAAUAUCCGUGACCCAGAAUUCACUGUACCUGGUUUGAAGGAGUUCCACGACUACGAGUUCCGAAUAAUCGCAAUCAAUAAGCACGGAAAAGGAAUACCUUCGCUGCCAACAGGACCUAUAAAGAUUCAAGAUCUCAACGGUUCUCGACCACAGAUCGUCGUGAAGCCAGCAGAUACUGCAGAGCCAUACAACAGGCGAGCAGUCUUCGUCUGCGAAGCUGUCGGUCGACCUGAACCUGUAUGCCGAUGGAUCAGGAAUGGCCGCGAGCUGCCCGAAAGCAGCCGAUAUCGCUUCGAGGCACAUGACGGCACAUACAAAUUCACAAUCAAAGAAGUUUGGGAUAUCGACGCUGGGGAAUAUACUUGCGAAGUGUCGAACGUAUAUGGAAGCGAUUCUGCUACGGCUAAACUGAUCUCUCCUCCCAUUAUCGAGAAAGAUGUACCUAGCCGAAGACACGAUAUUGGCGAGGGGCGAGAUGUCCGC